CACGACGCAGAAUUGCAGCCGAAUCCAUCGGAGCCCACGGCCGCACGCCCGCAGCCCGGCCAGCGGCCACCGCAUCGCCUCGUAUGCUCCGCGCUUGCACACGCGUCGGCGGCGCGGGCGCGGGCGGCUGCGGCCGACGAGAACGCCUCAUGGCCUCCCUCAUCCCCUUCCUCCCUCCCUCACCUUACUCCACUCACCUCCCGCGCCAGCCCCAGUCCCAGCCGCCGACAGCCGCUACCCAGCCCGCCGCAGCGGCGCGCCCAUCCCGGUUCCGCCUCCUGUUCGCGCGCGCCGCGGCGCAGCGGCAGCGCGACUCCGAGCCGGCGCCGGCGGCCGAGGAGAGGCGGUCGCUGGCCGUCAGAACGGGGGAGCUGUUCCUGGGGCUGGCGGCGCUGCUGCUGCGCGGGACCGGGGCCGAGCGUAGCGGUGGGGCCGCGGUGGAGGAGAUGGAGGCGAGGGACGGGGUAGUGUGGGAGCAGCGCCCCCAGGACGUGGACGCGGAGCGGCGGCGACGGGAGCUCACUAGCCCAGGUUUCAGCUUCUCCGCCGCGGGGCUGCUCUUCCCCUACCACCUCGGCGCCGCGCAGUGCCUCAUGGACCGCGGAUACAUCACCGAGACAACUCCGUUAGCUGGCUCAUCAGCUGGUGCCAUAAUCUGUGCAGUGAUCGCAUCUGGGAACACAAUGCAAGAUGCUCUGCAGGUGACCAAAGUUCUAGCUGACAACUGCCGAAGUAAAGGCACGGCGUUUCGCCUUGGGGCUGUACUCAAGGAUGUCCUUGUUGAGUUUCUCCCAGAUGAUCUUCACAUUAGAUGCAAUGGAAGAAUUCGUGUUGCUAUUACUCAGCUAUCCUGGAGGCCUAGGGCCUUGCUGGUGGACCAAUUUGACUCCAAAGAAGAUGUCAUUAAUGCAGUAAUUACAUCCUCCUUUAUUCCUGGAUACUUAGCACCCAGGCCAGCUACCUUCUUCCGUAAUAGGCUCGGCAUUGAUGGGGGCCUUACAUUGUUUAUGCCGCCCACUUCUGCUGCAGAAACAGUCCGAAUAUGUGCUUUUCCAGCCAGCCGUUUGGGAUUGCAAGAUAUUGGGAUCAGUCCCGAUUGCAAUCCAGAGAACAGGGCUAGCCCAAGACAGCUGUUUAACUGGGCUCUGGAACCUGCUGCUGAUGAAACUCUAGACAAAUUAUACGAGCUUGGGUACCUGGACGCAGCUGUAUGGGCUGAGCAGAAUUAUGCUGAGCUUAUCGCCAAGAAUGAUCAAUCCCUUGUCGCUGAUUGAAUUGAGUUCAGUUUGCCCAGAAGUAAUUUUGGUAUCCAAAGCUGAGUUCAUGAGAAUCCAUGCCUGUAAUAUAUUGUAAAGAUAGCACCGUCAUUGUCGAAGGUGGCAUUGUUCUGCAUUGGAUUUGGGUGUUUAUGCCAGCAUUUUCGUAGCUGUGACAAUAGUGUAGAACAGGUUGCUAGCAUGGCCAUAAAAACUGAUCAGCAUAAUCAAAUGUAUAGAUUAUAGAUGAUGAGGUUUGACCUGAGCCUAAAACAGGGGGAUAAUGGUCCUAUUUGUUUCAGUUUUUUUUUUAGUUUCUGGCCGUUAGAAGUUGCUGC